AAUGGAAUUUCUUAAAACUAGGGACAGGAUGCCUACCAAGCUCCCUCGAUGUUUCUUCACAGUCAAUAUAGACGGCAUGCCACUAGGCACCGUCAUAUUCGAACUGUGUGCUGACAUAUGCCCAAAGACCUGCGAGAACUUCAUGUGCCUUUGUACAGGUGAUCGAGAAAAAGGGCAUGGCAGUCAAGGAAAACCACUUUCUUACAAAGGCUCCAGUUUUCAUAGAAUUGUAAAAAACUUCAUGAUCCAGGGAGGCGAUUUCACUCAUGGCACUGGAGUUGGUGGAGAGAGUAUUUUUGGAGGUGUUUUUCCUGACGAAAACUUCAUCUUGAAGCACGAUCAGAAGUAUUUGUUGUCCAUGGCAAAUAGGGGCCCUAACACUAACGGAUCCCAAUUCUUCAUAACGACCGCUGUCUGCCCUCAUCUAGACAACUCACAUGUAGUGUUCGGUCACGUGAUCGAAGGAGAAAGGUAUUUGGACCAGAUAGAGCUAAUGGGGGUAGAUACGGAGCACAAACCGUUUGCAGAUAUCCGUAUAGCAGACUGUGGAAUGGUUUCAGGAUACGGUAGAGAGGAGAGUCCUGUAUCUCUGCCAGUAGUGGUGGUGCCUGCCCCGGUUGCUCUACCGAUCCCGUCACUUGCACCUCCAGUUGCUACUGUCGCUCCGUCCAUUCCUUUGCUGCACGAAGCAACUCCUGCUGCAAUAGAGGUUGUUAAAGACGAUAAGAAGAAGAAGAAAAAGAAGAAGAAGAAGAAAAGUUCGAGUGAUGAAAGCGAUAGCUCGAGCAGUGGCAGUGAUAGUUCCGAUAGUGAUGAUAGUUCAGAUGACUCCAGUGAUAGUGAUAGUGGUAAUAAAAAACUCAAGACGAAGAAAAAGAAAUUGCUUCGAAUUAAAAAGAAGUUGGAUAAAAUGGCCAAGAAAAAGAAGCUGAAGAAGUCACGCGCGAAAAAGUUAAAACGAGUUGAAGAGAAGAUAAAGAAGAUUGACAAAAUCUUGACUGGGGAAAAGCUGACGUCAGAGAACGAUUCAGAACAGGAAGAAAUGAAGAAAUCGUAUCUUUAUCGCAGUAGUUUAACUCCUCCUCCGAGGAAGAUUAAGAAACCAAAGAAAGAAAAAGUGGAAAAGAAAAAAGAGGAGAAGUUUUUGGACGACGAAUUCUUUGCAAAGCGUGGAAAGGUAGCUGGAGCGUUUAUGGCUCCCAUUAGUCAGCUACACGGUCUGGGAGUUGAAGAGUUCUCCCAGACUGGCCCUACUGAUAACAUCACUGCCAUCGUUAACAGAACUAAAACCAACGUGGGUCCCGGGGUUGGAGGUCUUGCGAAGGCGAAGAAACUCGGUGUGAACCAAGUAGUUAUACCGACUCCCAAAGCCGGAAACAUUAUUGUGAAUCCUGCUGAAGAUCAGACAGAUGAAGUCAAGCCAGCAAAAAAGAAAACUUCGAAGAAAAAGGCAUCCAAAAAAACAGAGAAUUCGUCCUCUGAAAGCUCCGAUCCAAGCUCAUCAGAAUCAGAAUCACAGUCUAGCGAGGAGGAGAAACCUAAAAAGAAAAAGAAGAAAAUAACCCCGAAAGAGGAGAUUAAACCUAAACGAACUUCGUCAAAAGCGAGAAAAUCGAGUUCUAAGUCCAGAAAGAAAGAAGAAACACCUCCACCUCCCGUUAAAAAGAUACGCAAAGUUAGCCCUGUUAAAGUGAAAGCCAAAUCAGUCAGUAAAUCUCCGAGCGCAUCAAGUAGUCAAUCCAGGUCAAACACAAGGUCGAAGAGCCGAUCAAAGUCACCAUCUCCGGCAAAACAUGAUAGGAAGCCGAGAGGUUCUGGACGGCAGAGGAAAGAUCGAGAUCGCAAGAAGAGAUCAAGGAGUAGGAGCAGGAGCAAAAGUAAGAGCAGGAGCAGGAGCAGAAGCAGGAGUAGAAGCAGAGACAGGAGGAGAAGGAGGUCUCCAUCAGGAUCCAGACGAAGACAUGAUGGUGGGCGCAGCAAGAGACGGUCUAGGUCCAGGAGUUCCAGCUCCAGCGGAUCAGAUGAUGACAAAUAUUCGGGGAUUAUGCGGUCACGUGGCCGAGGACAAGGCCGAGGACAGGGCCGUGGACAAGGUCGAGGACAGGGCCGAGGACAGUGGAGGGGUCGCGGUAGAGGAGGCGGGGGCUAUAACCCUAACUACCGGAAGUGGGAUUCAAAUUACAAACCCAAGCCCCGUUUGUACAACUCAGGGAAUUCACACUCAGGGUUCGCUCCCCGAAGUGUUUGGGACAAGAGUAAGAAGGAUGAUGACAGGAGAUCUAGGAGUCCUAGCCGAAAUGAUGCCGACAGUAAAAUGAGUUCAGAUCAGAAUGAGAGAAGGAAUGAGGACAGAAAGCAAGGAGAUAACCAAACCUCCUACAUGGACGAUGCUUCUAUUCGGAAACCUGUCAGAUCUAAAGCAGAUGACGGGGUGGAAGUAUCAUGGAACAAGUAUAAGAGUGUUCGUCUUGCUCACGCAGGCAUGAGGAGCAAAUGGUCAGAAGAUGAGGAAGACAAGGUUAAAAUAUCAGCGGGAAAUGGAGCUAAGAAACGUUCUGAUAGCAACACCCAGGAGUUCCCUUAUCCAAACGCUGUUGAACCGAAAGACGGAAAAUCAGAUGCCUUACUGACAGAGUAUAACAGUCCUAAAAUAGAUUUCUCUUGACGAAGAAUUCAGUUCUAAGGAUUUCAUCACAAGAGCAAGACUCGACCAACAGUGGAAUGCGUCACAGACUUUUUAUUUAUUUCUAUUUCGUCGGAAGCUGAACAAUUUGUGGAAUGUCACGAAUUUUUGACAGAAUUUAUUGUUUGAAGCUGCGAGAACAUAUUUGUAACAUCCACAAUUCCACACUUAAUACACAUUAAAUAGGAGACUUCUGCUCCGAUUGUUUUGCGCCGUUAAAGUUAAACUUCAAUCAACGAUUGAUUUUCGCUUGUUUUGGUUAAAAGGGGAUAGUUGUAACUUCUUCUUACUUUGACCGUUGAUUUAAAAGGGUAUCUUAUUAAUUUAUACAUGUUUAACUAAAUUAUUACUAUAGCUACCAACACCAAGACAUCGUCGUGUUUUUGAAUUUUGUGUUCACGUUAACCCCUGCCGUUACUACAUAUAAAUAUAAUAUGCGUAUGAGUAAUGAGAUUCGAUGAAUUUUAGUGGAUUUCGAUCCAUUGAGACGUUUACUCUUUAAUUAUCUCCUUCGCACCACUCCUAUAGUAUUACCUUGAAUGAUAAUUGUAAUUUGGAAGCGAGAUUUUUCAUUUUAUCAAACUUUUUAA